AUGUGUGCCUGCCCCCAGCGCAAUCACACGGUUUCGAAAUUCAUAUUGGGUGUUGAUUUCGGAAGCACUCAUGCAUGCGCCAGGGUCUACACUAUGGAUCUUAAGGUCAUUGGAUGUAGCAGCACUAAAGUACCUCGGCUUGAAGGGUCUGAUGGUGCUUGCGAAUUGGAUCCAGAAGCUGUAUGGGAAUCCUUUUGCAAGCUGUUAGAUGAAGUAUUACAAGAUGCAGAAAUUAACCCUGAUCGGAUCAAUUGUAUUGGCAUUUCGGUUCAGCGAAAUAGCCUAUUGUUGUGGGAUAAGAAGACAUCAAAUCCUCGAACUCGUGUUAUCACAUGGCAAGAUACACGUUCUUUGGAUCUCGCCAAAAAGUUAAAUCACUCUUUUAUCUUUCGUAGUAUGAAAACUGCUGGCCAUAUGUUAUAUUGGAUAACACAUCAAUCAAGGUUUAAAGCGUUGGCGUCGUACCACUUCAAGACAGUAUUAGCAUGUAUACGUCUCAAAUAUUUAUUGAACGAAAAACCAAAGCUUAUUGAUGAGUGUCGUAAGGGGUUACUUUGCUAUGGUUGUUUAGAGACAUGGUUGCUAUGGCGGCUUACAGGUGGUAAAACAUUUGCUACGGAUGUUAGUUGUGCAAGUGUUACUGGCAUGUAUGAUUCCUUUUCUCGUAAAUGGAGCCGUCCGAUUUUGGCUGGUUUAGGAAUACCUGCCAAUAUUCUUCCUGGUGUAUAUCCUUCCAGUUAUUAUUAUGGUACUGUUCAAAAUGGUCCACUUGGGUAUUCAUCAAAUCCUUCUUUGUCUAUUCCGAUCACUGGUAUCAUUGGUGAUGCUCAAGCUGCCACCUUAACAGAAAAUUGUUUAUCUCCUUGUCAAGCUAAACUUACAUUAGGCACUGGGAUAUUUUUAAAUUUAAUUUCUGGUUCUGAAGCUCUAGCCGUAAUGAAUGGCUUUUAUCCUGUUAUUGGAUGGGCAUCUGGUCAGGCAUAUUUUGAUCGUAUUCCGACUUUUGACAUGGGUUCUACUAGCAGUUCUUCGGAAUCUCCAUCUGUACCAUCUACAUCUAGAUCUGUUCAUCUAGAUAAUCUUACUUAUUUAGUUGAAGGUUUCUAUCCACAUGCUGGUACACUUAUUGAUUGGUUGCAGUCAGAAAAUAUUUUCUGUACAUAUUCUGAGUUGGAAGAAAUGCUUUAUAGUGGUGAUCAACUUGGUUUGGAUGAAAAAGCUACUCGUGAAAAUAUCUUCUAUAUCCCAUUACUAAGGAAUACACUUAAAAAUCAUCAAAACAUGUUAAUAGACGGACCAUUAAAAUUAAACAAAACUUCAUUUUACGGACCAGAUGGAUUUGUAAUCGGAUUGGAUUAUUCAAAGUCUUCUGACAAACUACUUGUUGCACGUAUUUUUAUUGAGUCGAUUGCAUUUUGUACAAAAUUCAUGAUAGAAAAUUGUCGUAGACAAACACGCAUUUCUCCUUCUAUUCUCUAUGUUAAUGGAAAUGUGGCACGUUCAAAUUGGUUACUACAGCGUAUGUCCAAUACAAUCGGAAUCCCAGUGGAACGCAGAGGUCUUGAAGAAUGUAGUUGUAUAGGGGCAGCAAUUGUUGCUGGUGUCGGUGCAGGUUUAUGGCCAAGUUUCUCCGCAGCAACUGAAGCUAUACACAAACGACUUCAAUCAGAAGCAAAUAGUCUUCCGUCUGCUGAUAUUAAUAAUACUGAUCUUAAUAAUAAUAAUAAAUUAAAUUCACAUACACUAUACAGGCGGUUUAUGCCUGAAUCUUCAGAAAUAUGCAUAUCUAUAAAAAAACGUUAUCACAUUUGGUCGCAUAUACGUGCUUCAUAUUUGCGAAAAAAAUUGAUUAGUUUAAAACUUGUAUAA